UUGCAGAGAGGCUAACUGGGCUGUGUGUGUUCCCUGAGGGAGCCCCGGGGCUCGGGGCACGGAGGUCCCCGGUGACACUCCCUAAGGAGCUUCCCGAGGACGGAUUGGGCCAGCCUGCUGCUGCCCCCGCGGAGGCUCGGGCCAAGGUCACAAUUGAGGCUGAGCUGUCCAGGGCUGAGAGCUGAUUGGCCGAGGGCUCCAUUGUGACGUCACCGCCCAGCCAGUGAAAUUGAGGCGCUCUGGCGGGCUUCAGGCAGAGGAGUCUUGUUUAACACAGCGGCUGCUGCGUCCAACAGCCCUGGCCAGGGUGAAGGCAGGCCGUGGAAUGAGCCACCACCGCAUGGGACUCUGGAGACUCUGCCUGGACUGGACCCUGUCAGCAGAAUCCUGAACAGAGAUGGAGCCCGAUCUGAAUCGUGAGGGAAGCUUCCAGAUCGACCAAGGCCCAAAGAACCCGAACCCCAAAAGUUCCUCUGACAUGAUGGCCUCAUCCUCUGUGAAAGGCAGGGUAUAUAGUGGCUCUAAAGGGGACCUGAGGCCCACAGAUAUCCAGGGAGCAGUCCAGGUGGCUCUGGACUAUGACAAGACAUUUGGAGAAUUCAAGAUUUACGUGUGUCAGUGCAAGAACCUGGCAGUGGUAGAUGGAAGCAAAGGCAGAUCUGACCCGUACGUCAAAACCUACCUGAUCCCUGACAGCACCCGACUGGGUAAAAGGAAGACGUCUGUGCGGAAAAGGACGGUGAACCCGACUUUCCAAGAAAUGCUGAAGUACAAGAUUGAGAAAAUGGCCCUGAUAGACCAGAAGCUGAACCUCUCCGUGUGGCACAAUGACCUUCUGGGACAUAAUAUUUUCAUGGGAGAGAUAGAGAUCGACUUGGCCAGCUGGGAUUGGGGCAACCGGAAGCUCAACUGGUACACACUUAGACCAAGGCACUCACUGUAGCCCUCGAAGUGGCACGUGUAGCUGACCAGGGCAGAAGACAGAGCAGGGAAGACUAGCCCCUGCCGAGGCGGCCUGAACUCCGGGCUUUUGGGGAGGUGGCCCACUGCACCAGAACUUUCUUGGCUUCCCCACCCUCCUGCUGACCCAUAUAUAUAUGGAGGCUGAAGCCCACUGAAACCCAA